AUGAAGAAAGACGGCUCAUCCGUGGCUGAAGGCGAUGCUGAUAGCCGCGCGAGGGAGCUGCGGCGCCGUGUGGCCAACCGCCGCCACACUGGCGCCGCCAUCUUGGGCUCACUGCCUCCCGUGCAAUCGCUCAGUCUCCCGCAACUCUUCUACGCGAAGCAAGAGGCGCACGAGAUCCGAAUGCAGCUGAUCGACAUGCAGUCGCAGCAUAACGCAGCUCUCACCUACUGCGACCAGCAGUUCGUCGUGGAGAAAAAUGUCCGAAAAUUACGUAAAGGAAUCGGAGUGACUCAAUCGCAGCUCAGGGAGAAGACGGAGGAACUGGAUGAACUUCAGCGACGAGUACUACGAAUGACCAAGACGCUGCACGAUUCAUCAGACGAAAAAACUUUUGCCAAGACAAAAUUGGUGAACCGAGAAGAGAUCAGACAGCAGCAACUACAUGCUACAUCCUGUGAACGUUGCGGACGCCAAUACCUCCCUCGAAUGUUACGGAUCCACCAGGAUAACUGCAUGGGUUCUUCGCUUCCGACGUUACAACCAAUUGUAGGAACAAACCAAGUUGCAGAUAGUUUGGAAGAAUCACUUGGUACGCGGGUAGCUACGAAGUUUGUAUCCCAGCCACCUCGGAAUCUUCGGGUGGAAACGAAAGAUAUUUCGCACAAUGCGGUGACGAUUGCGUGGGACCCGCCGAUUUUUACCGGGUCGAACGCCAUUUUUGACUACGAGUUGACGUACUCAAUCUGUCACACGAAGAUAAAAUAUGAUGAGGUACAGCGGCAGUUUGAACCUCGGCCAACGCUGUUGUUAUCGCGCUGGUGUGUACAGAAACCUGUCCCUGGUAAUAAGUUUUGCCUGACUAACCUGUGCGCAGACCAGGAAUACGGCGAUUUUUCCAUCCGUGCGAUUACCGUUGCAGGAAAAAGUGAACCAAGUAACAAAGUGGAUAUCGUCCGGACAGGGCCCGCUGCGCCUCCAACUAUCCCGUUGUUCCUGUGCGUUGGAGUGGUUACAGCGACGAGCAUCACACUUACGUGGAUGGAGCCACUGGACGACGGUGGAAAGCCGAUUCAAGACUAUGAGUUGAAUUUUUCGGAGGCUGUGAUUAAGUUAGAUAAUGCUGAUGAUCGGGGUAAAGCAUGGCUUGACGUCUCGGAGAUCGAGUACAAGCCUCGUCGAAUAAGGACAAAUUCUACUGGGACUUCACUAACAAUUACCAAUUUAUUGAGUGGUGUCGAGCAUCUGAACUUUCAACUUCGUGCUGUGAAUGGUGAUGGAAUUCCUAGCGAAUACUGCGACGUAAUCAAGUCAAUUUUCACCAUAGCACCGGGAAAUGAGCAUAAGCUUCUUGACGAGUUGCAGGCUGCUGUGAACUCGCGCUCGCGUACGGUGGACUCCCAGUUUUUAAGUGGUUUCAUGCAACGAUAUGAGAGGCAUCACUACAUCGAGCAAGUAUCGCGCUUCAUUCUUUCGAUGCACCCAGAGCUACAAGCAAAGGUAGAUGCCAUCGUAAGCCGAGGUUCGGGUAUGAAUGAAGACGAAGGGAGCGAUAAUGAAGAAGAUCAACCUCAAUCCAUCCAGCAAGCCAGUGGCCGGAAGAAAUAUGACGAUCUCACGGACGAAGAGAAAGUGGCAGAGCGUCGGCGUCAAUUUCAUUUUCGUAUUGCUGAGAUUCGGAACGAUCUCAAGAAGGCUGAGUACAACGUGCAGUGGUGCAAAGACCGUCAAAUUGAUUUGGUGGCGCUGAUUCGGGCAGCAGAGACUCGUAUUCUCGAUAAACAAGCUGAGCUUGAGCGUGCGAGAAUGUUCAGAGGGCCGCACAUGGACUCGGAUGUCUUUGAGAAUGGACUGCAGCGUUUCUUCACGAAAGAGCUUGUGGUAGCUUUGGAGGAUGAGAUCGAAAUCGAUCAGCUCUAUAUUCUUGAUACGAAGGCUCAAAUCGUGAAGGUUGAAAACUAUCUACGCGCUGAUUGCAAACGGCGAGACACCUUGCUGAAGAGGUUAAAAGACAGACAAGACGCGCUUGAGGUAUUUGAAAGCAACCCAGAUAAUGCCGUUAAAUCCUCAGCCACCGCAGCCACAUUGGCCAAGCUCCGCGGCGGUCUGCUCUAUCGUGCUUUUGCUGCUUUGGUCGCGAACCGGCAGGACGCGCUAGAAACCCGCAGCAAAAUGCGUACUGCAAUUGACCGGCUUGUAAACCAUCGACUGAAGAGCGCAAUCCAGCGGUGGAGAGAGGUUGCUAAAUUCCUGACGCGUACGAUCGCCGGCGUCGAUGAGAUUUAUGGAGUCGGCAGUAUUGGACUGCUAAACGCUGCGCUCGGUCGUGAUGAUCUUAUGCUAGAGGCUCAGAAACUGCUACAACAGCUUCGAACUACAGAUAGUUCAUUGCAGCACAUUCGGUGGACUACAGAGCAACAAGAGGCGGCGAAAGUCGAAAAGCCAGCUUCAAAAGACGAGCUUGACCUUGAAAAGGCCCGAGAACGAGGCAAGAAGUAUUUCCCGUAUCUGCUGGAAGGUGACGCAAAGAUGGAUCUGCAAGACUACGACGGAGGUCUUCGUCUCUACAAUAUUGUUUAUCACAACGAGCAGUGGAUGCAGCAGAUGGAUGACGUGCAAAAGGUGAAGUUGCAGCUGAAAAUUGGCGAAGCAACGUUCCGUCUCGAGAAUUACGAGCAGGCACUGACGAUAUUUAACCGAGCUUCAAUCUUUGCCAACCGAGCAGGACUACGCUACGAAGAAGGGUCUGCGGUCCUUCGCAUCGCAGAUACACAGCACGUGCUUCGAUCGCUUCGUAUGAGCAUUGAGAGUUAUGAGCGAGCGCUGCUACUGUUUGAAGCUACCCGUGAUGUGCAAGGAGAACUAUCUUGCUAUCGUGGACUGCAGCGUGUGUACGAGAAUCUCGAGGACAGAGAGAUGAUCGAAAUUAACAAGCAUCACGCAGACGAGAUCGAGUUCGCUCUAACAAACAAGCUCUCAUCCGCAUCACAGAAGAUAAACAAGCUUCAGCAGCGAUUGGUAGGAGCAGGGGCUGAAUCUUCUUGUCAGAUUACUCUCGAGCGAGUAGGCCCUAUUGUUCCUCGACUGCGAAGAGAACGUAUUCAACGCAAGUUUGACAUUCAAGAGGAAAUCAAACUUGUGGCCAGCUUAGAAAAGCUACUGGCUGAGAAGAAAGCGUUGUUGGCAAAGGGAGAAGAUGAUCUGAAGCGAGCCCUUGCCAGUGACUCAUCACAAGUUGAUUCAACUAUCAUCAACGGUUCCGAUGCUCGCUACGACCUCGAAGAUUUCAAGAAGAAGCUCGCCAAGCUGAUGGGUAGCGUUAAGGUGGGUGAGGAGCAGAUCGGUAAGGAGAUUGCCAACGCCAAAAUCCGCAUCAGCAACGCCGAGGAUGAAAUCAAGGGUCUUGAGGAGGAAUUGGGCGUGGAGACGGGUGCUCUCAUGCGCAAAGUUUUAUCCAAGGAGAGAAUGCGCUGCUUCAGAUUCAACACAACAAACGAAGCUUUGAAGAAUGUGGUAGGAACUGCAAGUCACGGAAUCACCACUUGCUUUGCAUCCACUGGAGUGAAUGGAUUUCUGUUUGAUUUCCUGUCCGGUGCCUGCUUGGCACAGGCGGUAGGCGAUCCGCACAAAAAUCAUCUCGGCGACCCAACCGGCCAUCAAGCUCAGAUACUGUGCGUGUACUAUAUUGGCGCCCGCAUUUACACUGGAUCUGUGGAUGCUUCACUAGGUGUCUGGGAUGUGAAGAACGAGACUAUCGGCGGGUUUUCGUGUUCACUAGUGCGUAUUCUUACGGAUUUUGAUGCUGCUGUCGUCAGCGUGGUAGCCGAUACCCAAUGGUUUGCUUGCGGAUGCUCGGACUGCGACGUAUUUGUGUUCGACGUCGAAACAUUGGCAACGAUCGCUCACAUUAUCUCAGCACAUGAUCGCACUGUGACGACUCUGUCCAUCCAAAGUGCCAAUUCCGCGCUCACAACAGGUGCUGCUGAUAACAAGAUUAAAGUGUGGGAGCUCGGUGAGCCUUCAAAGUUCACAACACGGAGGAACGUGACGUUAGUAUGGUGUCUCGAAGCUGAACGCCGGGGGCACGAAUAUUUCAAUGGCCACCUUGUUCCCGUCACGUGUGUCAGGCGUGUGGCAAACGAGAUCGUAAGUGGGGAUAGCGCAGGCCGGAUCGUGAUUUGGAACCUGGACGCAGACAACAAACUACUCCGAAUCUGCGAUGUGUAUCGAGAUGUUGCCGUGACUUGCCUUCAGUUUGAUGCCACUCGAAUUGUUAGCGGGUCAAGCAGUGGGCAGAUCUGCGUGGUCGAUUUUGCCACUGGGAACCUCAUCCAGACCCUGCACGGACAUCAAGACAGCGUGCUGGAUCUUCAGUUCGACCGCACGCGGUUGAUGAGCAUGUCAGCCGAUAGCAAGUUGUUCCUGUGGUUCUGGCAAACUCGUGAUGGCAUUGGAGCAGACCGAAAGAAGUACCAUAUCCUGGGUGCCGGCGAGACUUUGCGCUCGCUGUCUCUGAUGUACCGCACGAGCAUUCAAAAGCUUCUCCAAUGGAACUCGAUUCCAGACUCCACAAAGACCUAUCUCGGUCAGAAGCUCAUAGUGGAAGUCGAUGCCAAUGCCACCGCGUCGGAUGAACUGAAGACACUCGACCUCGCGAGCUCGGUUCAGUUCGGCAAGCUAUCGUAUGAGAAUCUUGACUUCGUUGCCACGAAUAAAAACAAAAGCAAAGAUGUCGAGUCGCAAUGGGCCGCCCAACGCCUCGCAAUGCUCGCAAAGGAGUACUUCCCUGCCUUGGAGGACGAAGAAGACAACGCUGCUAAAGCGAAGGCAGGUGGAGCUGCUCCUGAGGAGGAAGACGAAGGGGAUUCUGACGCCGAGAUGGCCAUGGAUUCCAUUGCCGAAGAAGGCGACGGUGAUGAUGAGGCUGACGAAGAAGAUGGGGAAUAG